AUGGAAGACCAAAGUUCUUCUAUCGAUAUGAUCUCCAAGAGCAUGAAAACGAUGGUGCGAAAAAUUCAAGACCUCCGCCAUCUUGGGAUUGAGAAUAAACAACUCCCUCUUCCAAAGAUCGUCGUUGUUGGAGAUCAAAGCACUGGGAAGAGCUCCCUUAUCGAAGGGAUUAGCGAAAUCAAGGUGCCUCGGAGCGCGGGGUGUUGCACUCGCUGUCCUCUGGAAAUCAAUCUAUCCGAAUCAGAUACGCCUUGGACUUGUCGUGUUUUGCUGAUGAAAAAAUACAUGUACUGUUCAAAGAAAAUGCUGCCAACUUCGAAAAGCCCUUUUGGGCCCUGGGUUGAACAAGAACCCGAAGAAUUUCUAUUCGAUACACUCACUGAAAAAUCAAUGCUGGAAGCAGUUAUCAAAUGGGCGCAACUUGCGACCCUGAAUCCGGGACGACCCUAUAAAGAGUUCAUGCGCGGGGAGAACUCAGACACAGAACCUUACACGCAAGUCAAGUUUUCUCCCAAUGUCGUUCGCCUCGAUAUCUCGGCCCCCAAGUUCCCGAACCUUUCUUUCUACGACCUACCGGGAGUUAUCAAUGUUGCGGAAGUGGACGACGAGAAAUACCUUGUCACAUUGGUUGAGAAUCUGGUGAAAGAUUACAUCAAGUCAGACAAUACAAUUGUCUUGUUAACAAUGCCGAUGACCGACGAUGCGACCAAUUCUAGCGCAGCCCGGAUUGUUCGCGAAGUACGUGGAGCAAGAGAACGUACAUUAGGCGUCUUAACAAAACCUGAUCGGAUAGAUUGUGGCUACGAACAAUGGGAAGAGCUUCUUAGCGGAGAGAAAUUUACCCUUGGACACAAGUAUUACGUCGUGAAAAACAACGCUGACCCUGUUGUCGACCAUGCCAAUGCUCGAGUAGAGGAGCACCUUUUUUUUGGGCAUCCUCCUUGGACUCGGGAGUUUGCGCCCUACAGUGAUAGAUUCGGAACAAGGAAAUUACAAACCGCCUUAUCAAGUCUGCUACUCAAGCAAAUACAAAACAGUUUGCCACACAUUGUUGACCAGAUUAACAGCCGUGCUGAAUUGGUCAGUCAAGAAUUGCUCACGCUUCCGGCUCCUCCGAGUGCCAAUAUUCCCUACAUUGUGUGCCAAAUGUUAAACAUAUUCACGAAUAACGUCCAUGCUCAUAUGAGUGGAGGUUCAAGUGCGCACCCAUUUCUUAAACAAUGGGGUCAACUAGCUGCUGAUUUCAAGUUAUAUCUCGCAAAAACCCGACCGACGUUUAAGAUCGGUGAAGAUCUUCAAGUCAAGAAACCCGCGCGCCAUUCUGCAAUCGACGACGACGAUGAUUUUUGCGAGAUCUUGGAUAUGGGACCUUCCCCGAAACGGAAGCAUACUAACGGCGGUGAACCAGACAUGGCGAAGCGAUUGAGGGCUAGCACCCCGUCCAUUGAAAAGGCCCAUACUGCAGCUGUUUCCUCUGUUCAGUUCGUGACUGAGCAUUUCAAUCAGCUUCCAACGCGUGUGUUCAGUCCCAAAGAUAUUCGCGACAUCAACACAGAUACUUAUGCGUCUGGGGUACCCGGGCUCGGAAACCCUCAAGCAGUCGAAACGCUCAACCGUCUUUCCGUAGCUCACUGGCUGACUCCAAUGCAAACGUUUUUGUCUGCUACAUACAGCAUGAUUGCUCGCGUUCUAAUGCAUGAGAUUGAAAACGUUUUCGGCCAAUAUCAACGAACGGCGUUGUAUGGUGCCCUCAAGGCAAUGAUUUUGGAAUUCCUGGACUCGAUUCAGAAAGAGCACUUUCGUCAGGCGCAAGAGAAUUACGAUAUUGAAUGUUCCAAACCUUUUACCCUCGCAACGAUGACAUUCUCGAAAGCUCAAAAAGAGGCGAUUGACAUGUUUUUCACAAAGCGCAACGCUGCUCGUUUACGGGAAUAUAUGAGAAGAUUCGAAGAAAUUAACGGAAAGUCGUGUAAUCCGAAAAUGGUUACGCAGGUUGAAUUAGGAUCGGACGGUUUUUCGAAAGAGGUAGAAAUCAUGGCGGUAUUGCUUCUACUCACUUCUCUUUUCUCAUAA